AUGAGUCACCCUCGAACAGCGACCAGCAGGCCGGGGCAGCAGCAGCAGCGGCGGCGGCGAGGCGGACAAAAAGUUGCCACCACCCCGAAAGCCCCCUCGGCGUCCGCUGGGGUUUCCUCCAAGCGAAGUCCCCUGGGGUUCCUCUCAACCAAAUCCCCAGGGGUCCAUCUCACCGAGAAGUCCCUAGGAUCCUCUCAGCGCAAAUCCCCAGGGUCCCUCUCAGCCAAAUCCCCAGGGUCCCUCUCCACCGAAAUCCCCCUAGGGUCCCCUUUAGCGGAGUCCCCCAGGGUUCCUCUCAGCGAAGUCCCCUGGGGUCCCUCUCAACCAAAUCCCCUGGGGUCCAUCUCACCGAAAUCCCUAGGGUCCCCUGUCAGCCAAAAUCCCAGCCAAAUCGCCUCUAAGGGUCCCUGCAUCACCCGAAAUCCCCCAGGGUCCCCCUCGGAGGCCAAAUCCCCCAGGGUGUUCCUCUCAGCCAAAUCCCCCACAGUGUCCCUCCUUCAGCCAAAUCCCCGUAAGGUCCCUCUCUCAGCCAAAAAUCCCCCACAGGGUCCCCUCUCAGGCCUCCCUAAAGGUCCCUCUCAGCUCGGCCUAAGGUCCUCGUCAGCCAAUCCAGGGUCCCUCUCAGCCAAAUCCCCCCCCCCCCGGCCGGCGUGUCGAGACAAUGGAGAACGUGAUUUUACGGGAGCAGGCGGCGUCCGGGAGCUGCUGCGCGGCCGUGGGCGAGGGCGGCGGCGAGGGCGUCAUGAGUCGAGACAAUGGGCGCCUGAGUCAUUGUCAGACAUCCGGGCACAAUCGGGGUCUCGGGCCCGGAAAGAUCUGCUCUGA